AUGUCUUCCAACCCCCCAACCAUCUACUUCGGCUACGGCUCCAACCUCUGGCUCCACCAAAUGACGACGCGCUGCCCCUCAUCGACAUACGUAGGCAUCGCACGGCUAGCCAAGUACAAAUGGAUGAUAAACGAACGGGGCUACGCCAACAUAGUCGAAUCCAGCACACCCUCAGACCACGUGUACGGCCUCGUCUUCAAGCUCACACCGGACGACGAGCGCCAGCUCGACAAGAACGAAGGCGUGCCCGUCGCCUACACCAAGGAAUACCUCGGCUGCACAUUCUGGCCCAGUGCGUCUCCCGCCGAGAAAAUCAAUGUCGGCGAUGCGCCCAGCGAGACGGAUAAGCGCGUGCUCGUGUAUAUUGAUCGGGAGAGGGUGGUGCCGGGAGUGCCGAGGGACGAGUAUGUGUAUAGGAUGAAUCGGGGGAUCGAGGAUGCGGUCAAGUGUGGGGUGCCCGAGGAGUAUGUGAAGAGGGUUAUGAGGCAGUUUAUUCCCGAGGAUGAAGGUGGGGAGGGCGAGGGGGUGGGCGAGUUUGCUAAGAGGCAGGCUGCUCAGUUUCAGGAUGAGAGUGGGGUUAUUGAAUAG